CCGUGGGAGAAAAAACUCCUCCUCGCUCUUUGGUUCCCCACCUCCUUCUUGUUUCACCUCAGUUACUUUUUUGAAGUUCAGACUCACUCAGCAGGAAUGUGCUGAAGUGUAACUGUCACACAGUGAAGAAGAAACAGCUUUUAUUUUUAUUCAUAAAAUGCUUUUCGUUGCAGAAAUUCGGUACUUUCGUGGGGUUAUUUUCCUGAGUUAGACCGCGUCUCCUCGUCGGAGUUUGAAAAUAAAUAGAUAACACUUGUAGACUGAAGACCAUCACCAUGCCCGACCUGUCGAAGAUGAAGAAGCCCGACGUGAAGCUUGUUUUCCUGGGCGACAUGAACGUGGGGAAGACGUCGCUGCUCCACAGAUACAUGGAGAGGAAGUUCAAAGACACCAUUAGCACCGUCGGAGGGGCUUUUUUCCUCAAACAGUGGGGACCGUACAACAUAUCAAUCUGGGACACAGCCGGUCGGGAGCAGUUCCACGGUCUGGGCUCCAUGUACUGCCGAGGAGCAGCCGCCAUCAUCCUGACCUACGACGUCACUAACUGGCAGAGCCUCGUUGAGCUGGAGGAGCGCUUCCUGUCUCUCACCGAUACCGCCAACCACGACUGCAUCUUCGCCUUGGUGGGAAACAAGGCCGACCUGACUGACUCCAAAGCCCACCUUUGCCAGGACUCGGACGGACUCCCCGAGGACCGAACCGAGUGCGAGGAGGGGAGGACAGAAACACACGUGUUGUCCGCCUCUCCCACCCCUCCCGCGUCCCCCACUUCCCUCUCCAAUAUGCUGCUUCACAAGCAGGUGGCGCGGGAGGACGCGGUGGCCCUUUACGGGAGAAUACUGCGAUACAAAGGCCUGGACGAGAAAAGCAGCCUCCCGGCAGACAAGAUGUGCUUCGAGACGAGCGCCAAGACCGGGUACAACGUGGACGUCCUGUUUGAGACGCUGUUCGAUCUGGCGGUGCCCGCCAUCCUGAGGAAGAGACAAGAGAACCAGGCGUCUCCGACCGUCGAUCUGGAGGACUGGAGGCAGGUCAGCGGGAAGCGGGGCAAAUCCAACUGCUGUUAGAGAUCUGAAGCACCAACGAGGCUCCCAGCUGCAGACUCGUUUUUAAUCAGUCGCCGUGUUUGACUGAGCAUUAAAUCCACACUGUGACGGUACUGUUUUGCGUUUGCCUUGACUGUGACUCGAUAGCAAACACAUUUCCCAAUGAUGUGAAGAUGUAUGUGAGUGUAGAUUCAGUUUGGGCAGAGACAUUUUAAUAGGAAGGGAAAUAGACUUCCUAGUUUAAUAACUCAAACUAUGGUUUAAUAUUCCAAAGAUGUGCCUGUGGCCCAAAAAAAAAACACAUUAAGAAAAGAAAGUAAAUUACUGCUGUAAAUGUUUUACUACGUACUGCCACUAAAUGAACUGCACUAAUCAUUCAUUUCAUUUAUUAUACAAUCUUGAUCACAUUUCACUUUAACCAUUUUAAACAUUUUUUUAUAAAUAUUGAUGUU